UGUGUGUGUGUGUGUGUGUGUGUGGUGUGUGUGUGUGUAAUGUUAUGCACGCAUAUUAAUAGAUUUUUAGCCCUAGUACAGAAAAUGUUCCUACGUCCGCGAAACAGUAAUUUAGCCUCCAGUUUUAUUAUAAAUUUUUAUCAUUGCGCAUGUACACCUGUCACUUUCACUAGACUUCAAAAUGAAAUUUUUGUAAAAAAAAUCUUAGUUUGCAUGAUAGCAAUGAAUCUAAAUCUAAAGUCUUCAUGAUGCUAGAAAUCGAGCUGAGAUUUUGGACAGAGAGAAUUAACCAAUCGCAUUUGAACAAUUGAAUCUGAUUAAUGCGAUUGGUCAAUUCUCUCUCUGCCUGAGUGUGAGAUCUCGAAUCGAUUUCUAACAUCGGGCACAAGGUUUAAUAGCGAAUUCGAUUGAACUGUGUUAGUGCGCACUGAUGCAAAUUGCUAUAUACUAAUUUAAUCUAACAAUAAGUGUAAAAGUGAUAUAUUACAUGUCACGUAUCUUUAUGUCGAUUUGUAUAUGGGAGCUUUAAUGUGUACCAGUAUACACUAGUACAUCCAAUCAAAUUCACUAUGAGUAAAAAGAAAAUAAAAUAGUAAAAGAGGAGCAAGAAAAAUAGAAAGAAAGAAUAGAAGAAGAGACAUACAAAGACUAAGAGUAUGAUGGCAUGUUGUAAAAAAAAAGAGUAUGAUUGCAUGUUCACGCACACACACGCGCACAGCAAAGAAGGUUUAGUAUCACUAAAUGCUAUAGGAAUGACGAAUCUGGGGUCUUAUCUCUGUCGUCACACAUAUAUACACAUGCGCGCAUAUAAGGACAUUUUGUAUAUGCGAAACAAAUAAUCUUUAUUAUUAUUCAUCUUUUAACACAAAGUAAUUGAUUUUAGUUUAAGGGGUAUGAAAUUUUUAAAAUGCUCAUAGUAUUUCAGUAAUCAAUAAUAAAUCCCGAUUUUCAUAACUUUCCUUGGAUCAAAUAACUGUUUUGAGAUUUUCUAUUUCAAGAUUUUAUAAACAAUUUCCAAGGAUUAAUUUAAGUUUUGCUUUUGGUUUAAAAACGGUUAAAAUUUAACAUUCUCCUUUGUUUCAUUAUCUAGAAUAAAAGUAAAACAUAAUCUUUUGUUUUUGAUUCUAUAUUUUUUGGAUUAAAAUAAAUGCUUAAAAAAAAAAAAAACUAAAAAUAGAACGUAAUCGUAAUAAAUGCAUAUUCUACCGAUAUUUAUUAGUAUCUGAAAUAAAUUUAUCCUAUUCACUUUUCGAAAACGGAGGAACGAGAUAACUACUACUUGGUUUGUUAUAACGAGGUCUGUAUGGAUUCUUUUUUAACUCUUUCUCUCGUUUUUAUUUUCUGCAGUCUUCUUUCCUUUUAUCUUGUGACGCGUGCAUGGGUACACGCAUUCGUGCGUAGUUGUCGCACGAAUGUGAUGCAAACGUAUCAUGUAUAAUGAGCAAGAUAAAGAGAGUAUUUAUCUCUCUGGACUGUCUCGACAAAACUUUUUCCGAUCGCAGCUACCCGGGACCCACAUAUGCAUAUAUGAAUGUCGCAAACGUAAUUUUCAUUUGGAUCACGUUAUACACAACAAUACACAAUUAUUUAUCCGAGAUAAAUCCGAAGCAUCACCUUACUCUUUCUUGAUUUUGGUUGCAGUUCCCCGUUAGUUUGAUUUGCUCCUAAAAUAAAUGUGAGGAGUGGCGUUAGAAACUUUGUUUUCCCGUCUUUCCUCUUCCUUCUGCUUUCCUCUCUUUCUCACUCUCUUCCCCUUCUCUUCUCGUUGGAGCGUCACAUCGCGCCGCACGGAGACUCGACUGAACUCAAGUCGAUUUUACUCAAUCCGACUCUUAACAGUCGUAACUAAACUCGCGUGCGGUGCGCCACGCGCAUCCUCGUAAGACAAUUAACGCGAACGUCUCGUAACCGGGAACAGCAAAUUUACGCCAUUGCAAUAUACGAGAGGAAAGAGAAAUCACCUUCCGGAGAUGUAUAACUUUCUUGGAAGAAAACAUACAUUUACACGCAAACAGAACGAUGGAAUAAUAAAUAUGAUACUUCUCGAUGCAAAUUUGGAAAAGCGGGAUUUGACUCACGACGGGAGCGCGAUGUGAUAUGUGAUAUAAAAAGAUAUUGAUACGUGCACCUACAGUCUCGAAUUUCGCGGACGCUGAACUCUGAUCGUGCGGAAUCAACGGCGAUCGUGAACCGCAUAUUUUGUGGCUGUGUCUACAAUCAAUUGCGCCGAGUCUUGUUCUAUUCAUGCAUCUUCGGUGCGAUUAUAAGAAUUAUAAGAUUGUGGAGUUGUAGCAAAAGCAAAAUAAAGCCAAUAGACUGACACAACCGCGAUCGACUUUUGGAGGAAAAAAUUGGUCAAAAUUUGAAUUAGCUGAAGAAGCUAAUCGUUUCUCAAGAAUCUCGAACUCGAUCCGUCUUGCGCUUGUACUUUGGCCACGUGGGUGUUAUUUGGAUCUAGAAUUUGCGCCUCCCUUCUCUCGACGGAGGUCGUACGUGAGAGACAUAUUAUUGUGCAAACGAGUUCAUUCAUCGUGCGGAUUCCAGCCCGGAAGUGACGAAUAACGACGACUUCCCCGUGGUGGCGAUGAUGUGGUGAUGGUGGUGGUGGUGGUGGUGGUAGUUGGUGCGCAUGGUACCAAUCGAGUGUUGCAUCGUGCAUACACAACACGCACGCACGCACGCACGCACGUACGCACGCACUCACGCACGCACUCACGCACGCACUCACGCGCAUUCACGUACACGCACACUCGCGCGCGUGGUGACCUAGAGGAAGCGAAAGGAGAGAAGGAAGGAGAGGAUGUCGACUCGCCGCCGAGUGACUGCGACCACAUCGUGCGGCGAGAUGCAGCGUCCUGUUGUCGGUCGACGGCCAGUGGCUCUUUGAAGGUUUCUCCUUAUCGACGAUGGACUGGAGUGGUAGUCGGACAGACUGCGCGAGGCAACAAGAGGUCGUGCUCCGUGUGUCGUUGUUUCCUCGUUGGGGCGAUUCCGCGCCACUGACGCGACUAUGCAGCUGAAAAAAGCGAUGCUUAAGAUAUUCGAUCAAUGUAAGUUUCACACACGCAAACGUGCGCGGUCUCCGUUCGUUACUAAUGAUAAUAAUAAUUUUUGCUUUUACUCCCUCUCUCCUCCCCCCCCCUCCUCCUCCUCCUCGACUCUCCCGCGUGCGCGAAAAAUAGCGAUGAAAGAGUCACGCUCCGCGUUACUCUCAAACUUCUCGAGGUUGCGUGCGCGCGUGAUGAACGGUGACAAUUUAUUCCGACGGCUAAAUCACGCGGCGUUUUACAUCCGUCUGUAUGCGUAACACAAACGAGACGAUGCGUGUGCAUUACGCGGCAACGUGAUUUCCUCGUGCGCAGCAUGGGCCCCCAUUAGAGAUCUCCGGAUCGUAAUAACGUAAUAACGGCAGGACGCAAGUUGAAUUAAACUACGAGACAUCGUGGAAAAUCUGCGAUUCUGCCGCGCUGCCGUAGCCAUGACGGAUAACUUCGUGAUAGCGCUAUUAUCUGGAGAAAUCGCAAAAUGCACGAACGGUUCACGAGAGUCUUUAAUCCAAUGUUUCUAAGGCCUGCACUUGCGGAGCAUCGAAGAACCGAGGAUGACGGCGGAGACGGCAGCCCCUUGCGUACAAGGUGUACAGGGAGCACAAAGCGGCAUAGUGAGUCAGAGUAUGCUGCAACAGGUGCAGAAUGGAAGCGGUGGCGGUAGCGCUUAUUAUUCUUCAACGUCGACUUCGACGGUGUACGAUCCGGAAUACGCCCGUAUGGAGUCUUGGCUCGACGAACACCCCGAUUUCGUCAACGAUUACUUUCUCAGAAAAGUGACACGGCAAACUGUGGACAUGUGGUUGGUAUCACACGCAACGCCGACUUCAUCAUCCAGCAGUUGCGUCGAGCUUUCAAGCCCGACUCACGCUACGGCCGGCAAUUCGUCCUCCGGUCGAGGCGGCACCGGUGGCUCGGGGGCCACGACACCCGUACGCAAAAUCUCAGCGCACGAAUUCGAGCGUGGGGGCCUUCUGAAGCCAAUCGUCAAUACAAUCGAUGGCACACCAACCUUUUUGAGCGUAACAACGAGUGACGCGGGUCAAUCAGGCGGGCCGCAGGUCGGAUCCGGUAAUUCGAAUCGUCCGCAAAGACGAUCAAGACACGAACUCAGGCACCUCGACGAAAAAGAUCUCAUUUUCGAACUGGUGAAGGAUAUUUGCAAUGAACUAGACGUGAGAUCGUUGUGCCACAAAAUCCUGCAGAAUGUGAGCACGCUCCUUCACGCGGAUCGUGGUUCAUUGUUCCUCGUCCAGGGGGAGAGAAGUGGCGCCGCUGCUGCUGCCGCUGCGGCUGCUGUUGUCACCAAUGCAUCAUCCUCUCCAAAUCAAUUCCAAUUUACCCCUGCGAACAAUUCCGACGAGAAAAAUAACUUACAGCAGCAUGAUCAAUCCUAUUCAAAGAGCAGGUGUCUGGUGUCUAAAUUAUUUGAUGUUUGUUCGAGAUCGACAUUGCUGGAAAUGGAAAAAAAAGAUGAAAUUAAGAUUCCUUGGGGUACCGGUAUCGUUGGAUAUGUGGCUGAAAGUGGGGAACCUGUUAAUAUACCGGAUGCUUACAAGGAUUCGAGGUUUAAUCGAGAAAUUGACGCCUUAACUGGAUAUCGUACACGUGCCUUACUGUGUAUGCCUAUUAAAGAUUGCAACGGUGAUGUAAUUGGGGUGGCACAGGUGAUCAACAAACUCGGUGGCGAGGGACAAUUUACCGCUCAGGAUGAGAAGAUUUUCGCUGGUUACUUACAGUUCUGCGGUAUCGGCUUAAGAAACGCUCAACUUUACGAAAAGAGUCAAUUAGAGGUGAAGAGAAAUCAGGUUCUAUUGGAUCUGGCCAGAAUGAUUUUUGAGGAACAAAGUACGAUAGAACACAUGGUUUUUAGAAUUCUUACGCACAUGCAAUCGUUGAUACAAUGCCAACGUGUUCAGGUGUUGCUCGUGCACAAAGCUUCAAAAGGAAGUUUCUCGCGCGUUUUCGAUUUCGAAGCGAACGAUCUCGCUGGCGAGGAUUCUGAUUCUCGCACUAGUCCUUUCGAGAGCAGGUUUCCUAUUAAUGUUGGCAUCACAGGUUACGUAGCAACAACCGGUGAGACUGUCAAUAUACCGAAUGCUUACGAAGAUCCGAGAUUCGAUCCAUUGGUGGAUGACGGUACCGGUUUUAGACAUCGUACAAUCCUCUGUAUGGCCAUCAAGAAUUCAUCCGGUCAGAUAAUCGGCGUCAUUCAGCUGAUCAAUAAAUUUGACGAUUUGCCUUUUACGAAGAACGAUGAAAAUUUUGUCGAGGCUUUCGCGAUUUUCUGCGGAAUGGGAAUUCAUAACACGCACAUGUAUGAAAAGGCUGUGAUAGCGAUGGCAAAACAAAGCGUCACUUUAGAAGUAUUAAGUUAUCAUGCGUCGGCGUCGUUGGAGGACGCGCAGAGAUUAAGGAGUUUAAGAAUCCCAUCAUCGGCGCAUUUUGAAUUACACGAUUUUAAGUUUGAUGAUAUACACAUGGAAGACGUCGAAACUCUUACUGCAUGUCUCAGAAUGUUUCUCGAUUUGGAUUUUGUUGAGCGAUUUCACAUCGAUUACGACGUACUUUGUCGUUGGUUGUUGAGCGUAAAAAAAAACUAUCGGAAUGUUACGUAUCACAAUUGGCGACACGCCUUUAAUGUUGCUCAAAUGAUGUUUGCUAUUUUGACGGCUACUCAGUGGUGGAAGAUCUUUGGCGAAAUUGAAUGUCUCGCGCUCAUCAUCGCCUGUUUGUGUCAUGAUCUCGAUCAUCGUGGAACAAACAAUUCUUUUCAAAUUAAAGCAUCAUCACCGCUGGCACAAUUGUACUCAACCUCGACGAUGGAGCAUCACCACUUCGAUCAGUGUCUGAUGAUUUUAAGCAGCCAGGGCAAUCAAAUUCUGUCCAAUCUUUCACCGGAAGAAUAUUCGCGCGUAGUAAAGGUUCUCGAAGAAGCGAUACUCUCUACCGAUCUGGCCAUUUACUUCAAAAACCGUACCUCUUUUCUUAGUUUGGCACGCAGUGGUAGUUACAACUGGGCGUUCGGUGAACAUCGAGAACUUCUCCGCGGGAUGUUGAUGACAGUUUGUGAUUUGGCUGCUAUCACAAAACCAUGGGAGAUUGAAAAGAGAGUAGCCGAACUAGUUAGUAGCGAAUUUUUUGAACAAGGCGACAUAGAAAGGCGAACGCUGAAUAUUACGCCUAUUGACAUUAUGAAUCGAGAAAAAGAGGACCAACUACCGAUGAUGCAAGUUGGCUUCAUCGACUCGAUCUGUUUACCUAUCUAUGAGGCGUUUGCUCAUCUGUCCGAUAAACUUGUACCACUCGUCGAUGGAGUCUGUAAGAAUAAGCAACAUUGGUUAGAGAUUGCCGAAAGCAAGCGCCAGGCAGAAACCUGUACGAACCAUGACAGGACGCCAUCGAUAUCCGAUAACGAGGAGACCAGCGAACAAGCGGACCAAUAGCUGUUAUGAUGGUGUCACUGGCUAUUAAAAUUGAAUGUACUAAAUGCAGUGGCAAUUUGCCAGUCGUCAGAAAGAGAAAUACGGAAUAUAGUUUAUUGUUCUUGCGAGCUAUUUCCCGUAACGUUCAUUUUCAAUUAUUAUGGCCUGUGCUCUACGUGAACAUCAACAGGUGAUCUGUCCAUUUAUCGGAUUCUGUGUUUAUUCCUUUCCAUCAAUUUCUACAAAUUUACUGAUCAAAUAGACUGAAUAUAUAAUUUUUUUGUUAAAAUAUGUAUCUUAAUUAAAGUUAUUCUGAAAAUUUUAUAUAACAAGGUGUUCUCAACAAACUUAAGAUUUUAAAGAGAUACUGAAGUUGUCAGUUUUGUCGAUUGAAUAACGACUUAUACAUAUACGAUUUACAAUACGUACGACGAAAUAUCUAUACGUAUUAUUAUAACAAUAUCGUAUGCAUACAUACGGAUAAAUUUUCGUAUAAACUUUUUAUAUUGAAUUAAAUAUCUGAGUGUAAUUCUAAAAGCUCGAUGUUGUUUCUUCGUGUAAUCUACAUGUCUGGAGAUUCUAACUUUGUAAAUAGAUUGUGUAUCAAGUUUUUAUAUCAAGCAAAUAUAUAUUAUCACACGAUUUAACAGCUCCGGACAAGUCUAAUAGACGAUAAAAAAUCUGAAUUAAAAAAAUUUUUUUUGUUCUCUAUAUAAAGUCUAUAUUGCAAACAUGUAUUAAUACAUAUACUUUAAUUCUGGAAUAGGAUUUUCAAAUCUGUAAAAAUAUUACAUACGAAAAGUUGUUACAAAAUUAUUGCAUUUUAUCGGUAAAACAGGACUAACUUCAGAAUCCUCUUAAUAUCGUCUUAAAAAUCAGGCAAUGUAGAUACUGAACAAUCUAGUCUUUUUUAUUUUGGUAUUAUAUAUGCGUCAUAUAUUUUUAAGAAAAAUGACGAAUUUUACAAAAGCGACAAUAACGCCAAAAACACAAAAAAAACACAAACAUAAGAGUUUGAUAUCAAACAAAAGACGUUAUCUGAUUUUUAAAAUAACUUUAAAAUUCCAGAGUUUAUCAUGGACACCUAGUUUAUUAAAUUAAAGAAACCAAAUAUGACGAAAGGAUUAUUUUAUAAAAUGUGAUGAAAAAGAUUUUUGUUCUCUCUCUCUCUCUUUCGCUCUCUCUCUCUCUCUCUCUCUCUCUCUCUCUUUCUCUCUCACUCUCCCCUUUCCUCACUAUUUCUUUCUCUCCUCCUUCCUCUCCUCUUUAUCCUUCAUCUCUGUAUAUCUGUCUCUUAUAAUUUGAUUCUCAAUGCUCCCGUUCCUCGUAUAUUUGUGUCUAUCUAGAGACUAAACUGAUUACUCUCCAUAUGCUACUACUGUACCUGAUUACAUUGUACAUAUAUUUACUGUGACAUAGAUCUUCGAUACAGAGAAAAAGAGAGAGAAAGAGAAUAAAGACGGAAACAUAAUUCUCUAAAAUGAUACAAUAGUUUUCGAUGCGAGUAAACUCGUUAAAGGACAACCGAAAUGGCGCCUAUAAGCACGUGAUUAGAUUAUGUAUUUGUAUACCAAAGUGUAAAUUUAUGUAUCGAGAUCGGUUGCGACUACUAUCAGUCGGCAAAAUAUAACAUUGCAAGCGGUCUGUGACGCGUGUUAAUUAGCAAUUAACUUUAAUAGACAUGGUACCUGCCAAGCUUCUCAGUUGAUUUGUUUUCUGUUACAAAAAUAAUUUUAGAUUCCUCGAAUCGAUCUCGAGCUCUCCGCCCCACAGCCGUUUUCGUCUUCGCGUGAAGCUGUUGUAUUGCUAGAGAAAUAGGUAAUACGGAAGUUAUAAGCGUUCAGUACAAUGAACAUUUGUGUAGUAUCAUCUUUGUUGUGUUCUAAAGUUCACGAUAAAGCGAACUGUAUAUUAUACAUGUACAGACAGAUAAUAAGAAGAUUUAAAAUUCUUUUCGUAAACCUUUUACGAAUUCUUGCUAUAAUAAUACUUAAUGUUUUAGAAUGCAUUAUUAUUUUAGAGUGCAUUAAAUCUACUCUCUCAGACACGACGUCUACGAUAACGAGAGAUAUGCAUAUCAUUAAUCGCUGCGAAACGGAAUAGUUCUAUCUCAUCAUAUCAUACGUGGAAAGUAGAAUUGGCAUAAAUGGAUAGAUAGUAUAAGAAGGAUCCAAUUCCUCAUUCGUUACAUUCGCCUGACGCGUAUACUACGGCUCUGAGAAGACGAAGACAGUUUAGGCAUUUAGUGAUCGCAACAUGUGAUCGUUACUUAUCGUAGCGCGUGACUUUCUAUGUUCCUUCAACCCUACAAUCUUCAAAGUGAUUUUUUUUCUUUUUUCUUUUACUUUAAUAAUAUACGAAUCCAAGUUUGAGCUUGGAUUCGUAUAUCGUUAAAUAUAAGUUAAUACUUCAUCCUGCAUCGCCUUCUGUGACAACGAUGACGAUGAUAUAUAAUAAAACACGGGGUAAAGUGAUGAAAAAUGUAACUAAAAUGAGUGUGAUAAGGUUUUUUUUUGUGUGCGUGAGAUACAGCGCGGAUGUAUGUCGAAAAAGGCGGAAGCGCGAGAGAACGGUUAAAAUAUAUUGUACAGUAAUUUUUGUGUAAAUUAUAUUUCGAAGUGACGUGUACGUCAAAUUGUUACGAUGACGAUUAUAACAUGAGUCGUAUACAUAACACACAUACACACGCGCGCAUGCGCGCGCGCGCGUACACACAUAUUUUAUAAACAAUAUCUAAUAUAUUAAAACGAAAAUAAAUUAUGUAAAUAUA